AUGGCGUCCAAUAUGCGGGGUCUUACCCAGUUCAUCGCGGACAUUCGGGGUGCAAGAGUCCGCGAACUGGAGGAGAAGAGGAUCAACAAGGAGAUGGCUAAUAUCAGGAAGAGGUUUAAAGACGGUAACCUGGACGGGUAUCAGAAGAAGAAAUAUGUUGCCAAAGUCAUAUUCACAUAUAUUCUCGGAUACAAAGUCGAUGUAGGUCACAUGGAGGCUGUCAACCUCAUCUCCAGUUCAAAGUACAGCGAAAAGCAAAUAGGUUAUUUGGCAGUGACCCUCCUCAUGCACGAGAAUUCCGACUUCCUGCGACUGGUAGUCAACUCAAUACGUAAAGAUCUCAACGAGAACAAUGAAAUCAGUAAUUGUCUCGCUCUUCAUGCCAUUGCGAACGUUGGCGGAACCGAGAUGGCGGAGGCUCUGGCGGAGGAUGUUCAUCGCCUUCUGAUAUCACCAACUUCGCCGAAUUUUGUCAGAAAAAAAGCCGCGUUGACUUUGCUGAGAUUGUACCGGAAACAUCCAGAUGUCAUUCCUGCCGCUGAAUGGGCUCUGCGCAUUGUAGCUCUGAUGGAUGAUGUUGACUUGGGUGUGGUCAUAUGUGUGACCAGUUUAGUCAUGGCCUUAGCACAAGAUCAUCUCGACGCUUUUGCAGUGUGCUAUCAGAAAGCAGUUGACAGGCUGAACCGCUUGGUUGUAGAACACGAAUACUCAGCUACGUACGCGUACUACAAAGUCCCCUCGCCAUGGCUGCAAGUCAAGCUGCUCAGAUUACUGCAGUAUUACCCCCCUACAGAGGAUCCCACGCUACGAUCAAUCAUGCAUGAAGUUCUUCAGACAGUUAUGAACAACUGUGCUGAACCUUCUCGAAACGUGCAGCACAACAACGCGCAGCAUGCCGUGUUAUUUGAAGCGAUCAGCCUUGCCAUCCAUCUGGACACUAACUCCCCGCUAGUCAGCACAGCCGCCGUACUUCUUGCGCGGUUCAUUAGUUCGAAGGAAACCAACGUGCGCUACCUUGGACUAGAUACGAUGGCUCAUCUGGCAGCGCACACGGACAAUCUCGACGCGAUCAAGAAGCAUCAGGGCACUAUAAUCCUGUCUCUUCGUGACAAAGAUAUCUCUGUGCGCCGCCGGGCCCUCGACUUACUCUACAGUAUGUGCGACACGGAUAAUUCGGAACUCAUCGUCGGGGAACUUCUGCGAUACCUGAAAGUCGCUGACUAUGGUCUGCGUGAAGAAAUGGUGCUCAAGAUCGCCAUUCUCACGGAGAAAUACGCGAGUACUUACAAGUGGUACGUCGACACCAUACUGGAGCUUCUCAGCGCUGCUGGCGACCACGUUGGAGAAGAGGUCUGGUACCGGGUUGUGCAAAUCGUUACCAAUACCGACGAUCUGCAGGCAUAUGCAGCAAAGGUGGUAUUUGAAUAUUUGAAGUCCCCUUCGUCGCAUGAGAGUUUGGUGAAAGUGGGCGGUUACAUUCUCGGAGAGUAUGGUCAUCUUAUCGCCAACGAGCCCGGAUAUAGUCCUGCUGAGCAAUUCCAAGUUCUCCAUUCAAAGUCUCAGUUUUGCGCAGCACCCACGCGGGCUCUUCUCUUGUCGACAUACAUCAAAUGGGUCAACGUCUUCCCCGAGAUAAAGCCUCAGCUACUCAAUGUUUUUGAGCGCUAUCGACAUGUUCUGGAUGUCGAUCUUCAACAGCGCGCCUGCGAAUUUUAUGCGCUUGCAUCGCGUUCAGAUGACGAUGAGCUCCUUCAAAACGUGUGCGAGGAGAUUCCUCCCUUCCCUCCACGGGAGAGUGCGCUCCUAGGUCGGUUAAAUCGCAAGCAUGGCGAUACAGGAGCCCAUGGUGGAAAGGAUUCCACCCUCGAACGGCAGCUUUCAAGGAGGAUGUCCCGAAAACCGACGAUGGAGACGAACGGGAACAGAGCCAUGGUGGUUGAGUCUCCCGAAGAUAUCACGGACUCCCUUAUCGGUCUCGAUUUGUCCGCAUCCUCCGCGAACGUGCCGGAUGUAGCUGCUGCUCUGGCCGAGAAAGGAAUCCCCCGUCUAACUGCAGGUCCAAACAUAGAGCGAUGGUUUGACAAGCUCCUGUACACCGCAGAAGGUGUGCUCUACGAGGACGUCCAGAUACAGAUCGGUAUCAAGUCGAGGUAUCAUGGCCACCUUGGUCAGCUCGCUGUUUACAUAGGCAAUAAGAUCUCUGCCCCUUUGACAUCGUUCACCGCCACUCUUCACAUGGAGCAAACUGACGCGCUCUCGGUAACUUUCGCGAAAAUUGCCCCAAGCACGAUAGCUCCUCGCACACAGACCCAGCAGCUGCUGCAUGUAGAGUGCAAGAAACCCUUCACCAGUCCGCCUGUUUUGACGGUCUCAUUUCUCGCAGGAGCACACCAAGCGAUUGCCGUGCGACUGCCGAUUAUUAUGACAAAGUUCGUUGAACAUGUCAAGCUCGGACAGGUUGAUUUCUUCGAGCGGUGGAAACUGAUAGGAGGUCCACCGCGCGAGUCGCAAAGUAUAUUCCCCAUCACGCUGGACGACUCCGGUCAUGUUGACCUAGCAAGGCAGCGACAGGUUGUAUUGGGGUUUUCCUUUAAUGUGCUGGAUGGCGUCGAUCCAAACCCAAGUAACCUUGUGGGCGCUGGAAUCCUCCACAUGUCGGUCGAUGGCAAGGUCGGCUGUUUGCUGAGAUUGGAACCUAAUCGUGAAGCAAAGCUUUGUCGAAUCACAGUGCGGAGUACUUCUGAGGUCGUUGCGGCAGAAGUACAGAGGCUACUUCAGAAGAUGCUCAAUGGAGAAACUCAUACGUGA